AUGCAAAAUCCGAGGGUGCGGUCGGAAGCACCACAGCUUGCUUCAUCCCAGCGAUCGGAGGUGUUGGUGGUGGGAAAAGGAGGUACCACUAUCAAAUCUCGAGCGCUAUUGGAUUCAGGGUCCGAUAGUAACAUCGUAACGGAAAAGCUAGCAUCCAAGCUAAAUCUGAAGCUGCAUCAAGUCGAUCUGCCUAUCAGUGGCCUCAACGAUAUCCAGACACGAGUUAAGUAUAUCGUUAGCACGAACAUCGUUUCGCGCGUUAAUUCUUUUUCCUCGUCCAUUCUAGACUCCCUGGUCGUACCGAAGGUGACAUCCAACCUACCAAUCACUGAAGUGGAUUACCGAUCCUGGCUGCUACCAGCAAACGUCAAGCUAGCUGACCCAUCGUUCCACAACCCCGGAGGCAUCGGCAACGAGAUCUUCUUCGAUCUGAUCAAGCAAGGUCGUCUAAAACUGGGUAAGAACGAAGCGACAUUGACAGAGACGGAAUUAGGAUGGGUCGUAGGAGGAUCAGUACAGAUCAGGAAGUCCAAGGAAUGCUUGCGUGUGUGUCAACUGAACCACCAAGACGAGUUCGAGAUGGCAAGCAAACGUUUGGACAAGCUAUUGAUUUCUUUGGCCAAGGACCCGGCCAAACGCGAACAGUACUUCGGAUUUAUGGCUGAAUACCUGUCGCUCGGCCAUAUGGAGGAGAUCACCGAGGACACCCGAUAUGGAUACUACAUACCACACCACGCCGUGUUCAAGGCCACGAGUUCCACAACAAAGGUUCGCGUGGUAUUUGAUGCCUCGGCCAGCACGACAUCAGAAGUUUCCCUGAACGACACGGUUUGUGUGGGACCGACAGUCCAAAGCGAUCUGCAGACAAUCAUUCUUCGGUUCUGCGCGCAUCCGGUGGUAUUAACGGCAGACGUGCCUAAAAUGUAUCGCCAGGUUUGGCUGAGCAAGAACGACCGCAAGUUCCAGAAAAUAGUGUGGGUGGAUAAAAACGGCGUACGCAAGGUGUACGAAUUGAAAACAGUGACGUACGGGGUGGUUAGCUCACCGCAUCAUGCUACAAAAGCGCUAAUUCAGUUGGCAACGGACGAAGGCAAGGAUUUCCCGUUAGCUGAACAAGUGAUCCGGUACGACAGUUACAUCGACGAUUUCCUAACUGGUGGAAAGUCUGCGGAGGAGGUGUUGAAGAUCUAUCGCGAGCUAACGUCGCUGUUGCAACGUGGAGGAUUUGGCGUCCACAAGUUUUGUUCAAACAAUCCCGAAGUACUGAAGGCAAUACCAGAGGAGCUGCAAGAGAAGUUCGUUAGUUUUGAGGAUACUGGAAUCAAUAACACGAUAAGGACACUGGGUUUGAUUUGGAACCCGCUUGAGGAUUAUUUUGCAUUCUUCAUCCAGCCGAUCAGUGAACAUACGUCGUCGACGAAGCGAAUGGUACUGUCCGAUAUCGGUCGCCUAUUCGAUCCCCUGGGGUUCCUGGGACCGGUAAUAACAGCAGCCAAAUUGGUGAUGCAGAAUAUAUGGCGUCUUGGCUUGAACUGGGAUGAAGAGCUACCGGAAGAAUUGCUGCAGGAGUGGACUACGUUCAGGCAACAAUUGCCUGUCGUCAACGAAAUGCACAAACAGCGCUGUGUGAUCCCCGAGAACGCAGUACGAAUCGAGUUGCAUGGAUUUUCGGACGCUUCGAUGCGGGCCUAUGGAGCGGUCAUGUAUACCAGGUGUGUCACAGCGGAUGGCACGAUUAGUGUGAACCUAGUUGCAAGCAAAUCGCGAGUGGCUCCACUAAAACCGAUGACGAUUCCCCGGUUGGAAUUAUGCGGAGCAAAACUACUGGCGGACUUGACAACGAAAGUGGUUGCUUCGAUGAGAAUUCAUUUCGACGAUGUGAAGUUGUGGUGCGAUAGUUCCAUCGUAUUGUGCUGGCUCAAAAAGUCACCGUCGGCACUGAAUCAAUUUGUCUCGAAUCGGGUGGCAACAAUCGUGGAGUUGACUCAAGGUUAUCAGUGGAACUACAUCCGAUCGGAGAGCAAUCCUGCUGACGUGAUUUCAAGAGCGUGCCUGGGCGUUGUCCUGAGGUUCAUCGACUACGUGGUGCACAAGAAGCGUGACGUCACAAGUAUCAGCGCCAACGAAGUUACCAGUGCAGAACGAGCAAUGUUCUUGGUCCUUCAAAAGGAAGUGUUCGGUGAUCUACUGAAAGGGCUGAAAGCUGAAUCAAGCAAACGGCACGGUCUAUCCAACUUAGCACCGUUCAUCGGACUGGACGGACUCAUCAGAGUGGGCGGUCGGCUGAAAUACUCGGCGAUACCAUACGACGGUAAGCACCAAGUGCUACUGCCGGCAAAACACCAUGUCACGGAGGCAUUGAUCCGGAAACUACACGAAGAAAACCAGCAUGUGGGACAAGGCGGACUGUUAUCCAUCGUCCGUGAACGGUAUUGGCCCCUACGGGUGAGCAGUGGCGUCGAGGACGUAUAG